GGGAACACGAGUGCGGCAGGAAGAAGUUUGUGUUGAGUUGCUAAUUGUUCCUGUAGUAGAAGUGACAGCCACAUAAUUACUUGUGUUAAUAUUUUACUCGAAGAGUACAAACUUAUUUCUACAGGUGUGUGUAGGGUCAUGAAUUUGCUGUGUGUAGAACGUCUCGAGGACGACCAACGUGCGGAAAGGGACAGCGUCAUUUACGACGAUUCACGCGUUUUCAAAAAUCUUUUAGAAGAAGAAAAGAACAGCAUUCCGCCGAUAAAUUAUUUCGUCAAGAUCCAGAAAGAUAUUAAACCCUUCAUGAGGAAAAUUGUGGCUACUUGGAUGAUGGAAGUAUGUCAGGAGCUGCAGACGGCAGCAGCAGUGUUCCCGCAAGCAGUGAACCUGCUGGACCGCUUCCUCUGUGGUACCUGCGUGCGCCGGACGCAGCUCCAAGCACUCGCCUGCGCCUGCUUGCUCAUCGCCGCCAAGCUGAGGCAGUGCUGCCUGCCAGUUACCGUGCUGUGCCAUUUCACAGACAACAGUGUGCCGCCCGAGGAGAUCACCGCCCUGGAGCUGGUGGUGCUGUCGCGCCUGCAGUGGCGAGCCUCCGCGGUGACGGCCGUGGACGUGCUGGAGCAGCUGGUGCCCCGCCUGCCCUGGGCAGCCGCGCUGCGCCGGCACGCGCUCUCCGUGGCCGCCCUCUGCUGCACCGAGGCGGAGCUGGUGCAGGUGGCGCCGUCGGUGUUGGCGGCGGCGUCGCUGUUGUGCGCGGCGCGGGCCGUGCACGCGGGCGCGGCCUGGCUGCCGGCCGCCGAGGCGGACGCGCUGCGCCUGGCCGGCGUCGCGGCGCCCGCGGCCGAGCGCGUCCUCUCGCUGCUGGCGUGGUCCCCCUCCGCCUCCUCUGCCGCAAAGCCCACCACCGACCGCUGGGACGCCGUGCUCACCGCACUGCCGCUGCCCGGACACUCCUUCUGA